AUGGUCAAAGAUACUGGAGUUGAUGGAGCGGUCGUGACAACUACGCCUGGUACUCAUUUUGCUCUCGCCGAACUGGCAUUGAAAGGUGGAAAGUAUGUCAUCGUUGAGAAGCUGUUUACACCCACGCAUCAGGAAGCAGAUGAACUGGUGGCGCUAUUGAAAUGCUUGAUCGCAUCCGCUUAUAUCGCCACAUAUAUAUCCUUUGGCACAUAUUAA